ACUUGGUAUCCUAUCAGAAAUUAGAAUCACGCAGGAAUAAAAAUAACAAUCACAAUCGUGAAUGAUUGUUUAGAGUUUUACUUUUAACACGUCGGUAUUCAUAUUGUAGUAUAUAAUUUGUACAUUAGUAUAUUAUUACAUAACUCAUAUAUAUAAUUCAAAAAAACAGUAUUUAAGAAUUUUGAAGUGAACAAAAAUGAGGUUUUUUAUAUUGAAAUCAGCUUCAAAUAGUAUUCGAAAGAGGCUUUUAUCUACCAAAAAUGUAAGGCCAGUUACCCAUUGCAUCUUUGAUAUGGACGGCUUGUUAUUAGACACAGAACUGGUGUACAAGAAAAUGAUUACACAACUGUGUGCCAAAUAUGGUCAUGAGUACACUGAAGAAUUGAUGUUGAAGGUGUUGGGAGGGACUGAGCAACGUUUAUCAGAGAUUCUCUGUAAAGAAUUAGAAUUACCAGUUUCGCCAAAAGAAUUCAGGGAUCAGAUAUUGGAGUUAGGGGAUACAAUGUUGGCAGGUGCACCAUUAAUGGAUGGUGCAGAAAGAUUAAUAAAACAUUUACACAGUACCAAGGUACCAUUUGCAUUGGCAACAUCAUCAAGCGAGAGAUCUGUAAAAACAAAAAUAGCUCAAUAUAAGGAAUUAUUCAGUUACUUCAGUCAUAUGGUAAUGGGCAGUACUGAUAAAGAUGUCAAGUAUGGGAAGCCCCAUCCAGAUAUAUUCUUGGUGGCAGCUGCUAGGUUUCCAGAUAAACCAGAUCCCAGUAAGUGCCUGGUCUUUGAAGAUUCACCACAUGGAGUUACUGCUGGUAAUGCCGCUGGCAUGCAAACGGUGAUGGUGCCAGAUCCACAUCUCGACAAAAGACUGACCACACAUGCUACAAUAGUUUUGCCAACAUUAGCAAAAUUUCAGCCUGAAAUAUUUGGACUACCCCCAUUUAAAUCAUAACAUUAGAUAAAAUUAUGUUAGAAAGUGAUCUACUAGUACAAUGUAGAUAUUAGAAAUGUAGAUAGUAAUAGUGUUAUAUGUCCAAUUAUGUUUUAUGGCUGUCUAGUCUUCCAUGUUUAAUAAUAACUUUAUAAGGUUGGCAACACUGCUGUGAUUCCUAUUCGAAAAAACUGCACAAUUUUUAAUAAGUACCUAGAAUUAUUCAUGAAAAAUUGUAAAACUUAACUUUUUCGUGGUCUUAAUGGACUUAGAAGGAAACGGGUAUAACAGAAGAAUUUAUGUUUACUAAUAAGUAAGAGAUGUUAACUCUAAGAGCGCUUUUGCACUACGUCCGAUCCGUACCUAUGAAUAUACGGUCCGGUGUAGUUGUAAAACUAUUUCUAACGAUAGCCAGAUCUAGUGCGUAAACUACCAUAGAAAUAGUUCUACAACUAAUUCGGACCGUGUCUUCAUGGGUACAGAUAGGAUGUAGUGCUCAAGCGCUCUGAAACAUGCAAGACAGACUGACAGAUUAGUUUCUUGUAUCUAACAUAUAUGAGGACUGUAAACAUUUUAUAUUAUAAAUUUAUAUCUUAGAUAAUUUAAACAUCUAGAAUCUAGAUAGAGCCUCUGGAUGUUAGGCAAUGCAUGACAACGGGAUAGGCCAGGUUUAUUACUUUAGUAUGCAUGUAAGCUACUUCUUACACUAGUGAUACAUCAGUGACAUUCUGUUUUAUGGUUAUAAAUACAACAAGCAUAUAUUUACAAAGUUUUAAAACCUCCACAAAGUGAUUAUGAAUAUGACCGUCACCACAGCAUAUAAGCUAAACCAGUACGGAAACUACAUAAAACACUUUGAAACAAAGCACGCUCACAGAGGCAAAUCUCAACAUGACGUUGCGAACAUCAUAGUGCUGUCACUCGCGCGAGCACUGAGUGUGCCAUGUUGAGACGUACAUGUGUGUAGUUUAAAUGGGUAUGUGUGUCACAUCCAACAUAUCGAAUCUUUUUUAGUACCAGUGGGAGUGGGGUUCCGGCUUGGUGGGCUUUCAUUAGCGGCUCUGUUUUCUGCUGUGAAACAGUGAUGUGCUGUAGCAAGUCAAGUAAUGUCUAUAGGUGUUCAGAAUUUGGGUUCCAACUGAUACCUCUGGCACUGCAUUGUAACGGCAGAGUGUAUCACUUACAUAAGCUGAAUAUCUUGCUGUAACAUCACUAUUUCUCAUUAAAAAAAAUCCUGACUGCUUUAGCUAAUAUAAUAUGGCACUGUGCCAUAAUAGUGAAGGGCUGGUUAUGUAUCCAUUGUGUUGUUGUCAUCACAUGAUAAAUUUUGCUGUGUAAUGUUACAUAUCACUGCAUUGAUGUGGCUCUACAUUAAUUAAAAUUGUGAACUAUACAAUGUGCAAACAAAUAAAAAUAUAUUAUUUAUUAUAAUGAUUUAAUGCAAUAAAAAACUAGACUUGUAUGUAUACAUUAAAUUAUAUAACAUAGCAUCCAUUCAAAUUAACACCUUAUUUUGUGGCACUAAUGUUCAAAGUCUAUAAUAUUUUGUUUUGGCAAUUGGAAUGUAAUUAUUUAGUAAAAUUAAUAAAAAUAUCAAGUUACAUUAUUUUGUUAAUUUCCUUUUUAAGUUUGGAUAUGCUGUUAUUUGGACAGUUCACUGAACAUUAUUUGUCAUUGUGUGGCAUUGUAUUCAGUGUGGUUGAAACACAACUAAAUGAAAACUCUGCCUAAUAGAUGAGUAGGCAGUGUUUAGGUUCGGAAUUCAGAGAUUUUUUGAGUGUAAUUGUGAGUCUAGUUGUUUAUUGUACUCCAAUGGUUUUGUCAUGAUUUUAAAUUUAUAUUUAUUGUUGAUAAUUAUUUGUAUAACAAGUUGAGAUGAAACGGAUAGCAGUUUGGCCGGAUACCGGAUAUUCGGCCAACCAUGUGGCCUAAGAGCCGAAUAUCCGGCGGAACUUAGCCGUUUGGUGUAUCGCACACACAAACACAGACUUGCGUAGGCGGCGCGCGAACUAUCGAGUAGACUCGGUUAGAUUUGGUUCUUUUCGUUAAUGAGCGAAGUUAGCAACCUCUCAAUGCAGAGAAAUUAGUAUUUAUCCACCAUAAUUUGCCUUUAGUGCAGUAUGAGUACUAAUUAAUUAAUUUUUUUCUAUUACAUUCAUUUACUAUAGUGUGAUUAAAAAUUUACAACUAAAACUAAUUAUAUUUCUUAACACGCUAAACGCCAUGGGGGUCACCGGUGACCUCACCCUUCCUCUUUCAUAGCGCCAUGGGGGUUACCGGUGACCUCAACGUUUAGUCAUAUUCAAACUACUUUUUCUCGCCGCCGGCCAUACUGACUGUUACUUUAUUCGUACUCCGUGACCGGCACGGCGCUGUAGAACUAUACUGCGCAGUGGGACAAACAUACCUUGUAAGGAAUUGAAAAAAUGAAAGAUAGCGAAAAAAGUAACCAAAAUAAAAAUUCAGGAUAUAUAAUUCAAAUUAGUCUUUAUUAUUUAAACGAAAAUUAGCAGUCUUUAUUUUUUAAUGAAAUACAAACAUAAAAAUCAGUUUUACUGAAAAAUAAAAUAAAGUUCUCAUUAGUAAGCAUAAUUACAAACAACCAUUAGAAAUAUAAAUAAUUAGCCAUAAUAUUUGACAAAACAUGCUGUAAAAGAUGAGAUAAGAAACCUUUUAUAGCAUCAACAUAUUAGCGAUGGACAUAAUUGAAACAUUUUAGACAAAAGUGAGGCUCCCCCUUACAUUGCACACAGUACGUACUCACUUUCUUAGCUUUAUUCUUAGCUACUUUACGACCAAAUUCCUGUACUGAAUCUUUAUAACAUUGCACGCAAAAACGACGCGUGUCUCUUACUUUUCCUUCCUUUAAUUUUAGAACAUGCUUGAGUCUUUUAGGUCUUUCAUUGAUAAUUAUUUCUUGGGAAUCUGCUGGCCGAGUCAAAUAAUUUAUGAGAGCCCUCCUAAAGUCGACAAUUGAAGAUUUGCUCUGCUUAUUUUCAUUGUACAUGACCCAAGCAUUUACAACUGCCGUAUUUAGAAGUAGUUCUAUUGCCAAUUUUCUAUACCAUUUUACGGUUUUCCGCAAUGGCGAAGAAUAGGCACCCAUCUGGUCACUCAUGUCUACAGACCCUUUCGAUUUAUUAUAAUCCAAAAUAACUUUUGGUUUACGAAUCUGUUUGCCUUUUUUCACCACCACAGCAAUUUUGUCGGAAUGCUUUGUCGACAGCAUAAGCACGUCCCUCUUAUCUUUCCAUUUAAGCACUGUUACUCCAUCUUCAUUCUCCAUAGCCAUUGUUUCACCUUUUUGCAGUUUCGAAUCAACAACAGUGCCAAUUAAAUGGGUUUGCUUCUCGAAUAACCGAUAAGCCAGUUGCAAGCUAGUGUACCAAUUAUCAGUUGCUAGCGUGUGUCCUUUGUCAAAUAUAUUUUCACAUAGUGCCAUCACCACAUUUGUUGGCGUAGUAUUUAUUGCGUCAAUGUUUUUCCCACUAUACAAAUUAAGUUUGCAAGUAUAUCCGGGAACAGUACAUAACUUAAAUAGCUUCAUGCCAUACUUGUGUCGCUUACUUUUAUUGUAUUGCCUGAAUAUUAUUCGACCUCUGAAAGGUACUUGGCUUUCAUCCACACAAACAUCUUCUUUAGGCGAAUAAUAUUUCUGGAAAGUAGCAUUGAGAGCAUCGAUUAAAGGUCUUAUUUUGGCAAUACGAUCGUUUCUGUCGACAGAUAAAUUGUCGCUAAAGUGUAGGUAUUGCAGUAGUAACUCGAAGCGGUUCCUACUCAUAACGGUGGCUGGAAAAGUUUGUCCAAGUAUCUUGUCUUUGCUCCAAUAAUAAGCUAAUUUCGGCAGCUUUACUACGCCCAUAAACAAGACCAGCCCAAGAAACUGUUUUAUUUCUGUCUUGUUUGUUGGCUUCCAUGAAUGAGACCUUGAUCCAGGCUUUGUUUGCCUGGCUGUGAUGUUUUGACUUGCGAACAAAUUUGUCUGCUCAGCAAUCAUUUCAAGAAUUUCUUCAGGCACCAAUAGAUCAUAAUACUGGUCAGGGCCAGCUUCUUUCAGCAAAUUAGAAUAUGGAGGUUUCAUACCCUCGAACUCGGUGAAAGGAAUCACUGAUGGCUGUAGUCUUUUUGGCCUCGACCAUUUUGAGGUAAUACGGUCAUUUUGCGAUAUAUUGGCGGCAACAAAAUUUUCAGCCGACUCACUGUCACUAUCACUAUCACUUGCGAUAACCAAACGUCUUUUCUUUUUCGGUAAUUGCAUGGAAUCACUAUCCGAUUCUACGAGAGCGUCAUUGUUUAUAGAAGCGAUCGAAAAAAAAAUUUCUAACGUGUUGAUUUGCUUCCAUUCAUCCUGCGUAAAUUCGAAGUCCUCCAUAGCUAAAUCCAUAUCUAACUAACUAUUCAAUAAGAAAAUGAUGACAGCUAAGAUAGUAGGAACGUAAUUGAUCUAGUAACACACGUUCUAUCACCGUAAGCGCGAGCGCACUACUGGUGUAGCGGGUGGCUGGCGGGGUGGCCGGCGCGGCCGGAAAAUAUAUUUUCUGUAUUUGUGCGCCAUGGGGUGCACCGGUGACCUCAGCUAUGUAUUUGACUGUAACUAUGUAACCCAUGUACAGAAUUGAAUAAAACUUAUUUUCUAUACGUAUCGUAACAUAAUAAACAAAUUACGACCAAAAGUAUUUUUACGAUUUUUAUUUUUUUCUAUCGGCGUUUAACGUGUUAAAUGAUACUAAAACUAACUAAAUAAAGCAAAUUAUUACUUAAAAAUAUAUUUUUUUUUGCAGAUUUUUUUUUAAUUCGGCCUGAUGCCUAUCCGGCCGAAUAGUUGGUAGUUAUCCGGUAUUCGGCCGGAUAGUAUUAAGGCCGCCGGAUAGGCCGGAUAGUUACCGGAUAUCCGUUUCAUCUCUAAUAAUAAGUCAUCAAAUGUAAAAUUAAACUAUAGUACCUACUGUACAACAUUGAACAAAGUAUUGUUAUAAGAAAAAUAAAAGGUAAAAUGUUAUGUAACACUAA